AUGGUCACAAAUUAUGGUAUAAAGUUGCAGUUUGGUGUGCCUUAUCGGCCGCAGGGCCAAGGGAAGGUCGAGAGGGAUGUAUGGCUGCCGGUGGCCAUGUAUGUGUUGCGCACGUCAUCUAAGCGCGAUCAUAAAUAUAAUCCGUUCAUGUUGUUCUAUGGUCGGCAUCCUAGGCAUAUUCAAGAUCUAGAAGAUGUAAUCUUACGGGAAGUGGAAGACGAUAAAUUGCUGAAUUUUAUUGUAGAGCGAAUCGAAGAGUUGAAGGUGCUAAAAUCACUUUAUAUCGUUAUAGCAGUAGCUAACAAUGAAAAGUAUCAGCAAAAAUUAUUGACGCAUUAUAAGAAGGGGUUACAGAAUAGGCGGUUCCCCUUAGUGAUGUGGUUAUGA